CUCUAAAUAUACGACUCUCAGAAUCUUCUCUCUUCGCUAGAGUCCCGAGCGUGUUUUCUGUGAGUUCUAAGUAAAGAAUGCAUAUCUAUGGAUAACUUAGUUAUAUUGUCCUGCAUCUUUCAAACAUGCCUUGACCACAGAAGGAUAUCUAACGAAGCUGAAAGGGGAUCCGCCCGAAAUCUCGAGACCUUAUCACUUAUUUUUCAUCUUCGCUGAUCAUUUAAACAACAAAAUAGUAGAAUACGUCUAGAGAAGAAAAUUCAGCUAAGAAAACCUGCUUAAUGCAGUUUGAGGGACUCAGCCCAUACUUUACAGGUUCUCACUGCAGCUGCUGGACCAAGAGCUGUAAGGCCAGCUAUUUAUGCAAGUUGACCUCGCCUUAAUGGCGUAGUGGUGCGGAUGGGCACAGCAGUGGUAAACUUAGUCACGCUGAUCUGAUUUCUCCAACCUAGAGGAAGCUCGGAUAGUGACAUAUAAGUUCUCACACUAUAUUUAUAUUAGUCAAUAUGGCUGUGAUUAUGAAGCCGAAGAGGAGCUGGCUCUUUACUGUCUUUUUCUUGUGUUUAUUGUCAGGAACCAAAUCUGAAAGCAGUAACUCGAGCCUAAAGCCAGUAAUUGAAUGUAGAGAAGGGCUUCUUUUGCCAAUAUGGCUACCACAGGAGAAUUUAAGCAGUGGUGAUAUGGUCGCUAGAGGAAUUGUGUACUUUGUUGCUUUAGUUUACUUGUUCGUAGGUGUUUCUAUCGUAGCAGAUCGAUUUAUGGCAUCCAUCGAAGUUAUAACAUCGAAAGAGAAGGAAGUAGUGAUAAAAAAACCAAAUGGCGAAACUCAGAGCAUAAGCGUACGAAUAUGGAACGAAACAGUAUCGAAUCUCACACUAAUGGCAUUAGGAUCCUCUGCACCCGAAAUUCUCCUCUCAAUUAUUGAAGUUUACUCUCACCAUUUUGAAGCUGGUCAACUUGGUCCUGGUACGAUUGUUGGAAGCGCUGCUUUCAAUAUGUUUGUGAUUAUUGGCAUAUGUGUGUGGUCUGUACCAACAGCAGAAAACAGACAGAUAAAGCAUCUGGGCGUAUUCUUUGUCACAAUGACGUGGAGUGUGUUUGCAUACAUUUGGCUCUACUUAAUUCUUACUUUGUUUUCCCCUGGUGUCAUUGACGUUUGGGAAGGCCUCGUUACCUUUAUGUUUUUCCCUGCCACCGUGCUCACUGCUUACAUUGCUGAUAGGCAAUUUCUCAUUUACAAGUACAUGACUAAGAAGUACCGUAUGAAUAAGCGAAAUGUUAUUGUUGGUGGUGAAGGCGGUGAAGAUAUGGAAAUGGGGAUGGCCAAAACAAACCAUGUCCUAGAUGGAAAUGUUAAAAAUUACGAAGAAGAACCUAGUGAUGAUGUUCGCGAAUUUGAAGAACAUCGUAUGCAGUAUAUUCAAAUUUUAAGAGAAUUAAGAAGAAAGCACCCUGAUGCCACCAUGGAAGAUAUCGAAAUGAUGGCUCGUGAAGAAAUCUUAGAUAGAGGACCUAAAAGUCGAGCUUACUAUCGAAUUCAAGCAACUAGGAAAUUGAUGGGUGGAACAAAUCUGAUGAAACGGAAAUUGGAAAAAAUUGAAAAGAAAGAUGAUGACGAAACGAAAGAAGAGCUUCGACAGGUUGUGGCUAUUUACUUUGACCCUGGUCAUUACACUGUAAUGGAAAAUGUAGGAGAAUUUGCUGUCACUGUAGUUAGAGAAGGUAAUUUAAAUGAAGCUGUUGCGGUUGAAUACCAAACGGAAGAUGGCACUGCCAAUGCUGGUUCAGAUUAUGAAUAUGCAGAAGGUACAUUAGUAUUUGGUCCUGGAGAGACACACAAGCAAUUCUUUAUUACUGUAAUUGAUGAUGACGUGUUCGAAGAAGACGAACACUUUUACGUAAGAUUGUCAAACCCGCAUUACAUUAUUGAAAAAAUGGAGUAUAGAAUGCCAGUAGAGCUGGCUACACCAUUUUUAGCUACAGUAAUGAUUCUUGAUGAUGAUCAUGCCGGAAUUUUCCUUUUCCCAGAAAAUGAAGUGGAAGUCACGGAAUCAACGGGUGAGUACCAACUCAGGGUUAACAGAUUUAGUGGAGCAAGGGGACGUGUUAUUGUUCCUUUCCGGACUGUUGAAGGUACUGCAAAACCUGGAGUCGAAUAUGAACAUUUAGAAGGAGAAUUGGUCUUCGAAAACAACGAAACCACGAAAGACAUACCCCUUCAAAUCAUUGAUAAUGAAAUGUACGAAGCUGAUGCAGUUUUCUUUGUCGAACUUGGUGACCCAAAAUUAGAGGAAGAUGUUGGUCUAGCAGAAAAUGAAGAUUAUGUGAGGGAAAGAAGUGGUCAAGACAUAAAUGAAAAUAGGGAUGAUCUUUCAGAAGAUGAGAAAAUUGCAUUACUUGGCAAACCUAGACUAGGUGAAACGUAUAAAGUUCAAGUUCGCAUUAAAGAAAGCAGAGAAUUCAAGAACACUGUUGACAAAUUAUUCCAAAAAGCAAACGUAUCCUUAUCGAUUGGCACAUCCUCAUGGAAAGAGCAGUUCAUCGAAGCCAUUACAGUAAGCGCAGGGGAUGACGAUGAUGAUGAUGAUGAAGAGGAAGAAGGAGAAGAAAGGGUCGAGAAGGAACCGAAACUACCAACGUGCUCUGACUACGUCAUGCAUUUCAUAACCCUCUUCUGGAAAUUGAUCUUCGCUUUCAUUCCACCAGCCGAUAUGUUAGAUGGAUGGUUAUGCUUUGUUGUUUCAAUAAUAGGAAUUGGUCUUUUAACUGCAGUUAUUGGAGAUUUAGCGUCUCAUUUUGGCUGCACAGUGGGACUUAAGGACACAGUAACUGCUGUUGCUCUGGUAGCUCUAGGAACAAGUGUUCCAGAUACUUUUGCUAGCAAAGUAGCAGCAAUUCAAGACAAGUACGCAGAUUCUUCAAUCGGAAAUGUUACUGGAAGCAAUGCAGUCAAUGUAUUUUUAGGUAUAGGAAUUGCUUGGUCCAUUGCCGCUAUAGUGCACUACAGCCGAGGAACACAAUUUAAAGUUGAACCUGGAAGUCUAGCUUUCUCUGUAACCAUGUUCUGCAGUUGCGCCUUAAUAUCUUGCAUCGUCUUGUUAAUGCGUCGCAAUAAGCGCGUGGGUGGAGAACUUGGCGGACCAAUGAGGUAUAAACUACCAACAACCAUCCUGUUUGUCUGUUUGUGGCUUUUCUACGUUGUCAUGUCCAGCUUGGAAGCCUAUGAUAUAAUUGAAGGCUUUUAAGUGAUUGUACUACUUAUAAUCUUUUCUUACGACAGCUUUUAUGGCUGUAAGUAUGGGUCUUGACAUAUCAAGAUGAUAUACAGAUCUUUUUUGAGAACGGACAGGAAAGUCGGAAGUUAGAAAUGUACACAAGAACGUUUCUUAAGUCUUGAUACCUCUGUGGUUCCUCAAGAAGUAUUAAGAAGUUCUCUUUAGGCGGUUUAUAAUAUCAUUUGUUAUUUGCCAUUUCUGCCCUGUGCCAAUCCCUCUUCUGUAGAGACUUAACAUUCAGCACAAAAACACUCAGCUGAUGGUAUGUGUAUUUUAAUGCAUUUUACGAUGCAUACUGCUGUUCUCUUUUUUUUCAUUCUGAAAAAAAAAAUAUUUCUAGUUUCAUUGUGUCAAGUUCUGUGUUUCCAAAGAAUAUUUAUGUCAACGUAAUUGUUUCAUCGCUGAAAAUAAUUCUCAUACUUCCACAAACAUAUGAACAUUGACUAUUUAAACAGUAUUUUUCGGAUCCUACACUUCCUGUUUUUCCUAUUGUAUCUAUAAAAGGAAAAAAUUCAAUAUAGCUGUCUUAGAAGAAAAAAAAACAUUUAGUAUUAAAGUACUUAAUGUUGAAAUUAUAUAAAGCUCAUGUGAUACCAUGUAAGUAUAUUUAAAAGUCUGAGAAUGUAAAAUGUUGAAUGACUAAUAACUUAAUUGAAUGUUGUAAAGCGAAUUCUCUGGAAGGUAAUCUAACGAAUUCAUUUUCAUCUUUGUGCUAACUGAUGAUUGUUAUUUUUCUUUGAAAGUAUUUGCAUAAACGUCGAGAAAAUAUCUAAACAUAUUUCUAUCUGCCUUUUAUUGUGUGAGCAUAGACAAACUUAAAAAUAUAAAUCACAAACGCCAACUGCUAUUUCUAUUUAUAACUAAUGCUGUAGACCAGCUUGCCAACUGAUAGAAUACCAUUUUCACUGUAAAAAAUCAUGUUUGUGCUGUGAAAGUGAAUAAGUCAGUGUUAUUACACCAAAAAGUGUCGUACGACAUUCUCAUUCCCAUAUUAGUCGUAAAGAGUCACACCGUCUUUCUGUAGCACUUUAACAAAUCUUUACCUAGCUAUACAGCAUCUUUUUGUGCACUUUAUCAUUCUUGCACACUUUCUAACCAACUGCUGCUGUUUAAUUCGCUUUUCUUUACCCCAAAAAGCAUAAUAUAUCAUUAUACAAAAUAAUAAUUUAUAUAAUCAAAUUUACAAAUUAAAAUUAAUCCAAAAGUUAAUGUGAGAAAUAUACAUAAUUUAUUAUAACACUUUAACUUCCUAUUAUUUAUAAAGUUUUUAUUUGUAAAUAAAACUAAGCACUGAUGACCAAACAAUAUCAUAUCCACAGCAGCUAUUAAUGAUUAUUAUACAUUCGUAUUUUGAAAUUUAUACUAAAUUUAGUGAAUUUUUAAACUAUAAAUUUUCUCAAAGAAAACGAACAAAAAUUAGUGUUUUUAUCAAAUGAUUGUUGUAAAUUUGUGUCUUUUAAAAAAUUUCUUUUAUAAAUAAUUUAUUAAUAUAGAUCUAUAUUUAUCAACUACUUAUUAACUUUGACUAUCCAUAUAAUAUUUAUUUGUUUUUACCUAUAGGGAUUUUUUUCUAAUACCUGAAAUGAUUUUGAAUUUCUCUAAAAAGGACUUUACAUAUUAUUACUGUAUAAAAAUACAUUUUUGUAAACUAUUUAUGAAAUCCGUCUGUAUUUUGCCAUCUGAAAGAAAAGAGCUCCAAGCAAAAUUUUUCUUCUGGUAGAAAAUUACACAGUUUUCAGAAAACGAAAUUCCAUCAACUGAGAAAUAAUUUUGCAACUUAGCACUCACAUUUAAGCAAAGUAUUUAUUGCGGUAUGUAGUAAUAGAUCUGAUAUUCAUUUUGAGUAAAAUUGUGUAAAAUUAUUUUUUUACAAAAUUGUUAAUUUAGGUGUCGUAGAAUAAUUCUUUCCUUACAAUUUCUUGUCCUCAGUUAGAGGCUAUAAUUAGUCCCUUACAUUUGCUAAGGAAAUUAUUUUUGUUAAUUAGUAAGGAAGUCUAUUUUGUGUAAUUUGGCCUAUAGCAUCCCGAGAAUGGUAAAAUUUAGAUUUAAAAAAUAUAUAAUUUAAUGAAAUAGAAAAUAAAUAUUUUGUGCUAGCACUUGUUAUUAGCGCACAAAAUUUAGAAUUUUAAUAGGAAAUCACUGCACUUAACUAGAAAAUUUGUCACUUAUUAUUUUCUCUAAAAUAAUAUCAAAAUUUUCUAUUUUCUUCGAAAAAGUAAUUAUGUUGUCUCUAUUAAAACAAUUAAAGUAUGUAUGUUGUUACUAACAAUUAAAGUAUUCUCAAAAUGUUCGAUUGUUUUUUUUUCAAAAAAGCAAUUACGCUAUCUCUAUUAAAACAAUUUAAGUACGUAUGUUGUCACUAAUUAUUUUCUCUAAGGCAAUCCCAAAAUUUUCUAUUGUUCUUUUUUUCAAAAAAAUUAAUUAUGUUGUCUCUGUUAAAACAAUUUAAGUAUGUAUGUUGUCACUAAUUAUUUUAUCCAGAGAAAUAUCAAAAUUUACUACUGUUUUUUUUUUCUAAAAUGUAAUUAAGUCGUCUCUAUUUAAACAAUUAAAGUAUGUUUAACAAAGUAUAAAAUUAUGUUUUAAAAUAACUUUUAUUCAUUUCUCUCACAAUUAUUUCUAACUUAAAUUUUUCUACGCAAAAUAAUUUUCGUCUAAGUUUUUUUUUUUAAAGAAAAAAAAAGAAUAUUAGAACAUUAUAUUUCCUAUAGACAAAUUUAUUUUAUAUUUGUCAUUUAUUUAAACACAAGACGUAAUAUUCUGUGUUUGCAAUGUGUAUUAAUUUUUUGUACAUGCUUCUAACCUCACACAUCAUCAAUAUGUAUUCCUUGAAAAAAGGCAUUUUCCUGUCGUUUUUCCCAAUCAAAAUUUAUUUAUAUUAAUGUUUAUAGUUAAUAUAUAUCUCUAUAUAUAUAUUAUAUUUCCAGUGUCCGAGUUAUACCCAUCUUCUAUGUGAAAAUGAUAAGCUCUAUGUAAUAAGGAAUGUUGUAAGCUGAAAAAUAACAUUCGCAAUUUAACAUUUACGUGAAAUAGACAAUAUUAUUAUGUUCAAAAAUUUAAUUGUAAAAGUGACAUGUGUUAAAAUUCUUUGUUAACAGUAGUCAUACUUUAUAUCAUGGUAUAUGUUGAAUUUUGUCUACUUAGUAAAAAGGUUUGUUACACCA